UCUGUCGUCGUCGAUGAUAACGUAAGCAGUAAGUUGCCCUUCACAAAGUGUUAGUCAUUGAAUAGGUUCGUAUGAAACCGGUCACCGGUGAAGUUCUUACUACUUUCUUUGUCCAGCUUUCGUCGAGUUCAUACCUCUUACGUUAGAAACCAAGAAUUACAUCAGCCAUGCCAGCUAUACAGAAGCCAGCUCCAGCAUUUCGUGGUACCGCUGUAGUGAAUGGUCAAUUCAAAGAAAUCUCACUUUCUGAUUACAAGGGCCAAUACGUUGUAUUGUUCUUCUAUCCGCUGGAUUUUACUUUCGUAUGUCCGACCGAGAUAAUUGCGUUUUCGGAUCGUUCACAAGAAUUCAAGGAGAUUGGUUGUCAAGUAAUAGCAGCCUCUACCGAUUCUCACUUCAGUCAUUUGGCAUGGGUUAACACACCACGAAAACAAGGUGGUCUUGGUGAAAUGACUAUUCCCCUUCUAGCUGAUAAGAGUUCGAAGAUAGCACGUGAUUAUGGCGUACUCGACGAAGAAACCGGAAUUCCUUUCCGCGGUCUUUUCAUUAUAGACGAUAAACAAAAUUUACGUCAGAUAACCGUGAAUGAUUUGCCGGUUGGAAGGUCCGUUGAUGAGACCUUGCGUCUCGUGCAAGCAUUCCAAUAUACGGAUAAACAUGGAGAAGUAUGCCCAGCUGGUUGGAAACCAGGCAAGAAGACCAUGAAGCCUGACGUAGUUGCUUCAAAGGAAUAUUUUAAAGAUUCGUAAACGUUAUUAAUCAGACAAAUGAAAUCCUAUAUAUGGAUAUUAUAUUCUCAGCAGAUAUUAUCAGAUCCAAUGACAAUAUAAUGAAAUCGCUUAAAAAGAAAGGAUCAAAUAUUUCUUAUCGAUGAUAUUAUAAUACAGUUUCAUUUUGAUAUCAUGAAAAUACAUUCGCAAGAAAGCGAGCGGUGUUCAUUUAUCAAAAAAGAAAAAGAAAGAAAGAAAGAAAGAAAAAAAAAAGAAAAGAAAAGAGCAGCUAAAAGCUGAGACAACUACAGAGUUUGGUAGUUUUUGUCUAGAUUGCAUCUAAGGUUGCAUCCAAUAAGGUCCUUCAUUAACAAUAAUCGAGUUUAAUUGUUAUCAAAGUAUAACAAAAAGUAUUGAUAUUUAAAAAUAUUUUCUUGUUCAGAUUAUAUCCGGUAUUGUUGCGCCUGUUAUUAACAUCCGAGUUACGUUUGAUAAGCACAUUUAUUAUAUAAUGCAAUACAUUUCCAAUAAUCGGAAUUAAUUGUCAUAAAAAUAUCUGCUUUUUAAUUGUCUUUUAAUAAAUGGCUUUUCUUUCGUA